CUUGGAUCGCGAGCGUUGCGUGAGCGCACACUGUAUUCUCAACGUCACAUAGGAUAUGGGCUGGCAGAAGACCUUCACCCUCUCCAAGCGAUCCAAGGGAUGCUACCUUGUGACAGAUGAAGUCUUGGAGCACAUACGCCCUGGUCUCAAAGAUGUCCAGGUUGGGAUGUUGUUUUUGUUCAUUCAGCAUACCUCCGCCGCACUGACAAUCAACGAGAACUUCGAUAAAGAUGUCCGUCGGGAUAUGGACAUGGCCCUGGACAACAUCGUCCCGGAGAGCUUGAAUUGGCGACAUACCGAUGAGGGUCCCGAUGAUUCGGUCUCGCACACGAAAGCGUCGCUUGUGGGAAGCACUAUUUCCAUCCCCAUUACCAAUGGCGCGUUGAACCUGGGGACCUGGCAAGGAAUCUACCUGACUGAGUUCCGGCACAUGGCCCACUCCCGCAGAGUAGUGGCUACCAUCCUAUCCUAAGCUAGCGCUCUUCGUUGGAUGAUUCCCAAGUUUUCUUACAUACACCUCCUCCUCAUCAUUUAUUCUACAAUCAUGUCACAGGCGGUAGUACCAGUGGAAUGAUGCAAGUGGGAACCUACGCAGAGGGUCAACUGCACUGGUGCUUGACCGCCGAAA